AUGAGUUACCACUACGGUGUACCGCCGUCGCAUUAUACCAAGUAUUACGGAACAUCCUCGCCUUAUCACAACGCGGAAUAUGUACACUACGCGCCACAAUACGAAACGACUCCGAAACGACAUUCUCGAAAGGCGAGCUAUAAUCCUUCGCCCAGGGUGGGAGGAUGGUUCUCACCUGCCGGUUCACCACCACCCCAUGAGCAGUACGCAGAACCACGCGAUGAUAUCUAUGUGAGUGAGGUAAAGGACAAGGUCCGCAAGCCCGAGGGCUACUACAAUACAUUUCCUACCUCAAGAUAUCACACCCGCUCCGCAUCGCGCAAGCAGAAUCAGCCCGUCUACAUCUACGACGACGAAGCUGAAGACGCAGGAAUGCAGCCUACAUAUAUCUAUCGAGAACCACCAAAACCGAAAACAAAGCAUGCAAGGAAGCCAAGCACUGACACCUACUUUUACUACGCGCAGGAACAGAUUAUAGAUGAGCAGCCGAAACGCUCGAGGGCACGACGAGCUUCGACCGCCAGCAAGCCUUCGCCUCGUUCCAAGAUCAGGUCGCAACCCAAACCAGCUCCUCAGGCAACGGAGGAAGAUGCCAUCCGUGCUGGCAUCCCCGCGGGCUAUUCCAUCAAGCACUGGGACCCGACGGAAUUGCCCAUCAUUCUUCUCGGCAGCGUGUUCGAUGCCAAUUCACUGGGCAAGUGGAUUUACGACUGGACCGUCUUCCACCAUGGCGCCUCGACGCCAAUGGCCGACAUGGCUGGAGAGCUGUGGCUACUUCUCAUCAAACUCGCAGGCAAGAUGAAGCGAGCCGAAGAAUGUGUGGAUCGCAUCCGCAACCUUGACAAGCGCGAAACCGUCGAGGACUUCAUCGUCAGUGGGCACCGGAUGUGGGAUAAAUUCAAAGCCCUUCUCAAGGACUGCGAACACUUCAUGCUCAAGGCUGCCAAGCGAGACGGCACAAAAACCAUGGGCAAGAAGGCAGGCACUGAGUUUGUCGAUUCCAUCUUCGGACGCGAUCGCUACCUUGAGUCGACUGAGAAUAUCAUGAACCAGGUGCGACUUUGGAACAUGCGCUUCGAUGUCAAUUGCGAGGACACCCUACGUCGUCCCUCGGCUGCCUAG